AUGUCUGACCUGUCAGGGUCACGCUACCCCGUGCCCCCCCCUCCGCCACCUCCACAACGGUACUCGCGCGCUGCCAACGCGCUUGCCCGAUUCGCGCCGUUCUUCUCCGGGUCGAGGCCCCCCAGUCCGCAGAAUAAUCGGGUCGAUGGUCCCCGGCCGAUCAGGUCCAAAUCACUUCCUGGAGAACCACAGACGGUCACACACCGCACUGGUAUCCCUAUUGUUACUCUCGACAUCUCCCCACAGCAAACCCAUGCCGUGAUCGGGGGUAAAGAUAUCCUCAAGACCAUCCGAGUCUCGCCUGACCAUUCAUCGGAGGAAUUUAAUAUUCGCAAUGCAGUGGUGAGCUAUGCAUCUACCCACCAUGAUGCGGGCGUGUCCAUGCCACACAAGGACCAGUUGAACGUAAAGGAUGUAAAGUGGUCACAUGGCAAUUACGACCGAAUAAUCGCCACGGCUGUAGCCAAUGGUCGGAUUGUCGUUUACGACCUGCAGCGGCCCGGCCUCCAAUUAUGUCGCUUCCAGGGCCACAAUCGUCAGGUUCACAGGCUCGCGUUCAACCCUCACCUUGCCUCUUGGCUGCUGUCCGGCAGCCAAGAUGGGACCAUCCGCAUGUGGGAUCUUCGAUCGGCCUCUACGAAUCGCGGCCUUUCCACGUGCGGCAGCAAGCAUGUGUACCAGGGCAAUAGCGACGCUAUCCGGGACGUUCGGUGGUCCCCCAGCGAUGGCGUCGUGUUUGCGACCGCCUCGGACAGCGGCGCCAUUCAGAUGUGGGACUCGCGAAAGACCAACGCCCCGCUGAUGCGUAUUGCGGCUCAUGAUCGUCCGUGUUUCGCUGUCGACUGGCACCCAGACGGAAAGCACAUUGUCAGCGGAGGCACAGACCGACAGGUCAAGGUCUGGGAUUUCUCCUCAUCUGCAGAGCGACGGCAGAAACCUACGUUCCAGUUCCGAACCCCCCAGCCCGUAACCAACGUUCGCUGGCGCCCUCCGUCGUGGGUCGGUGAUUCUCCUGGGUCGGGAGAAUGGCAGUCCUCCCAAGUCGUCACCGCCUAUGACAAAGAAGACCCGCGGAUUCAUCUCUGGGACCUUCGUCGGCCUCAUGUCCCAUUCCGAGAAUUUGAUCGAUAUGACUCCCCUGCAAGUGACCUGCUUUGGCAUUCAAAGGACCUAUUAUGGACUGUCGGUGAGGUCGGAGCGUUUACUCAGACCGAUCUUCGCUAUGCACCCACGGUGGUCACUCGGCGGCCGACAUGCUCGGUCGCCUGGAGUCCUAAUGGCGCGUUCGUGGCGUUUGGCCAAAAGCGUCUUCGACGUCGAGCCCACGGUGCCAACGCUCCUCAAUUUCUUCAGGUUGAGGAGGAUGUGGCUAGCAACGGAGAGCGGUCGUUGAGCCAAAGUCCGGCAGAUGACAUGCUCGAUGAAGAGGUCCUAGCUUCCUCACUUCGGCAUCCACAGACCAAGGCAACCGUCCCCCGCCCUUCAAAGUCCCUGGGAAGCACACCACCAGGGGCCGUGGAAAGCGUUCCUAUCUUGCCCUUGGACCAAGCUUUGACCAAGAUUACCACGCCAGGUCCCGAUCAGCUGGGAGCAAUUGGACGCAUCCCUGGGGUCACAAAUGAAGAAUCAGUAUUUCGAUAUUUGGCCCGCCACUAUUCACCUUUGAUGAUCGACUAUGAUCGCCAACAAAACCAUGUCGAUGUACUCAACUCCUUGAUGAACUCACUCGACCAGAAUGCUGAGAGCGCGGAUGAUGUGUCUCUUAUCAAGCUAGCUCAGACUUGGCGCAUCGUGAAAUUUGCCAUUACGCAAGAGCUCCAGCGCAGGUCGCGGGAGCAGCUGCCAGGCAAAGGCGGUGUAAAGGGGAAGUCCUCCAAAGAUGGCCUUUUGGGCGAUAAGCCACGAACAGUCGAUGAGAAUCGUCAAGGGAAGGUGAAAAGUCGCUUGUUCAAAGGGGUCAUGGAGACGGAAGGUCAGAAAACUCAUGGGACAGAGGCGGAGAGCACAUCGAACAUGACUACGCCCCUAGCACGACCAUUACCUGACUCCCCACAGAUGGACUCUUGGAGUAGCGAUUCCCAAAUCCCUUCUUUGGAUGAGAACGCCAUUGAUAUUGACCCCCUGCCACCGUCAGUGUUGAGUUCGCAUAACGGCUGGAGCCUGCCAGACCAUGAUAAUCGCCUCACUGCUCCCUCGCCCUUGCCGGAAGGCCAGUCGGUAUCGAGCGAAGAUGUAUAUUCUUCAACGGGUGUCUUAUUUGAUCGUCCUGUAUUGGAUCCGGAUAAUGAGCAGCGAUCUGCGCCCAGAGCAAUUGCUGGGAGAGUAGACUGGCGUACUCGCAACCGUCCAGACUUUCCUCGUGAAGCUUCAGAGGACGAUUAUGAUCAACAAAUGGAGGACAAGCGGGCCGCCAUUCGAGAUUAUAAGCAAUUCCCCAAGAAAGUGCUAACGCUGGAUGGUCCAUUGGAGUCCAAUCGUCCUCCUGCGCCCGAGGGAUAUCUUCGACAUGACUCGUCAGAGAGUUUUCCCAUGUUCUCCGCAUCCGAUAGUUCACACCCUUCAAAGUCUAUCGGAGCCUCAUAUUCGUCCAAUCAUCGAUUUCCAGACCGGCGACUGUCCGAUGCUGGCCAGGCCGGGUCAUAUGGGGGCCGGUCUGCUGUGUCAGCUAGAAGAGGGUCUAAUCUGGAACCGCCACCAGAAGAGCUGGAUGAAGACCUUGGAUUUGAUGAGUCCGCCAUAGAAGCAGAUCAAGUUCAUCUUCAACGACCUUCCAGUCCUCCUGUCUUGUUGACUGAAUCAACCCCACUUGAACGGCCAGACUCGAUAGACCAAUUCCAGUCUUCGAACCAUUCGGUGUCUGUGGACAUCUCGGCUUAUCCAACAAUGGCAGGAUUCUACGAAGAUCUCUCCCAGGUCAAAAUUCCUCUACCUGCGGAUACAGCCGAACCAAAGCCGUGGAGCAUUGAAUCCAUUCUGAAGGAGGCUGUUCGAUACUACCACAGCAACAACAGUUCUGUCGAUAUUCAGACUGCAGCACAUCUACUUCAGAAACUUCACGUCCUCUUCCAAGACUGUGAACAGAUCCUUCCCUAUGAGGAGUGUGAAAUGAUCUUCAAGACCUACAAUGAAUAUCUCAUCCGGCAUUCCAUGGACUUGGAGGCUGCUGAGCUCCGUCUAUCCUGCGUGCCAACUUACCCCGCUGUCUACGACUACGCCCAAGUAGACACCUACAUCAACGUAUUCUGCUACACUUGCCAAAAACCCUACGAAAAUCCCAAGCGUGACAACACUCGUUGCUACCGUUGCAGUACUCCACAGGCACCAUGCUCAAUCUGCAUGAGCAUUGACCCGCCCGCUGAGUGGGUCGCUGCACAAAGAGACCAAGCUACCUCGUUUGGUACCACAAGUCCCAAUUCAGAAUCCGAAACCACCUCACACUCCUCAGUCCCAACAGAGGCGGCCCCAAACUCCGAGAUAGACCAAUUUGAUUCAUUUGCUGCACCCAGACCCAAGGGCUCUUCCCUCUGGACCUGGUGCCAAAGCUGCGGCCACGGCGGGCACGUUGCCUGUAUCACAACCUGGCUGAACGACGUCUCCAUCAGCGAAGGUGGCUGUGCCACACCCGGCUGCUCCCACGACUGCGGCCCAGGUCCGCGGCGUGACUCCAACCGCAGUGUAUUACUUGCCGAAUCGAAACGACGCGACUCUGCCAGCCGCACUUCUGGCGUUGGUCUUGUGAAACGUGAUCCGUGGACAAAGGGCGAAAGUAAAGCUGUUGAGAAAGUUCGUGGUAUGCUUGGUGCUGCUGGUGCUGUUGCUACUACUGGUGGAAAUGUCUCUACUACCUCUUCGGGACAGACUGUUGCUUCUGGAGCUGUUUCACCUAAGAAGGUGCGACUGGUUACACCGGGUGAGCAGGUGCGGAGAGGACCCUCUAAUAGACCCAAUAUUGCGCCUUCAGAUUAA